AUUUAAAUGUCUCAGCUCAACGGGAAUUCCCUCACGGAGUGUGCCGUUGCCACUCGCCGAGCUGGUCGGCGCCUUGCCUCUACUAGCAUUGAAGAGCGCAAUGCGAUGCUAGAGGCGAUUCGUAAGAAUCUGAUCUCCAGAAAGGAGCAACUCUUAGCUGCGAACCGUACGGACAUGGAAGCUGCUCAGAAGGAUGUCGCCUCUGGUAAGCUGUCCCCGACCUUGUACAAGAGACUGGACCUCUCUGGCUCAAAAUGGAACAGCUUGAUCGCUGGACUCGAGACCGUCGUGGCUCUAAAGGAUCCAUUAGGUCGAGUUACCUACAGCCACGAGAUGACCGAAGACGGUCUGCGCCUUUACCGCUUAACCUGUCCAAUCGGUGUGGUACUGGUCAUAUUCGAAGCAAGGCCUGAAGCUGCUGUUCAAAUAGCUUCCCUAUGCAUUAAAAGUGGUAACGCUCUCCUUCUCAAAGGCGGGUCGGAGGCUAGGCACUCCAAUGAGGCAAUUGUUGGCGCUAUCCGUGAAGCCAUCGAGCCGAUGGGAAUGGCUGAUGCGAUACAAUUUGUUGACAGUAGAAGUGCCGUUGACGAGCUCCUCAAAAUGGACGAGUACAUCGACGUUGUGGUGCCCAGAGGCUCCAACAGUCUUGUCAAAUACAUCAAGAGCCACACUUCUAUCCCAGUAUUGGGUCAUGCUGAUGGAAUCUGCCAUACCUAUAUCCAGUCGAAAGCUGAUCUCGAUAUGGCUAUUAAAGUGACCGUCGAUGCGAAGACACAGUAUCCUGCAGUCUGUAACGCCACUGAAACGAUUCUCGUGGAUGAAACCAUCGCUGACAGUUUCGUCCCACGCCUGUUCAGCAGCCUCCGUGAGAAGGGAGUGACCGUUCAUGGUGACGCAGCUGUGCUCAAGAUCUUGGGCGGUGCGCAGGACGGUCUCGUUGAAGCCAGUGGCAAUGACUUUGAUACUGAAUGGUGCUCAUUGGAAUGCAGCAUGCACGUCGUGCCGGAUCUUGACGCCGCUGUGGAGCACAUCAACGUGCACGGCUCUCACCACACGGACUGUAUCAUAACUGCCGACUCGAAGGCCGCUGAUGAGUUUAUGAGGAAGGUCGACUCGGCCGGGGUUUACUGGAAUGCGUCCACAAGAUUCGCCGAUGGCUUCCGAUAUGGGUUUGGAGCAGAGGUUGGUGUCAGUACGAACCGCAUUCAUGCUCGGGGACCCAUGGGAUUGGAAGGGCUCACAAUCUGCAAGUAUCGACUCUACGGCAACGGGCACACCGUGACGGAAUAUGGCGACAAGUUGCUGCCGCCGUCUGAAGAAGCCUUGCCUGGGGAGGACGAGACGGAGUUGAGGGAGAUGUAUCAUCAGAACUGAGUCGUUACUCUCGAUUGGAUCAGUCUUCUCAUUCUAUAGUUUCUGUGA